GUUUAAUACUAGGUAAUGCUGGUAUUUUACAUAUUAAAUGCCAAAUUUAAGCUUCUUGUUAGCCACCCUGAGCUGAGGCAGCUUUCUUUCAACCCUGUAAGCUGUUAAACUUUUAUCCCUUCCUUUGAUUUGUGUCAGGGUGAACCGUUUGAUGUAAAAGACUUGACUCCAUAAUCUGCAUCUGCUCUAAUGCUGUCAUCUGGAGUGGAGACUCAGCCAGUUCCACUUGAUUCCUCCAUGUCUACCGUGGUACAGGAAUUAUACUCUGAACACCCAGUAAGUGUCUCCAAGGAGCUUCAUGCUGACCAUGAGCCAAGUGUGAUUCCAGAUGUAAAACCUGGAGACUCAAGCUCUCUUGUAAGUCAGAGUAGGGCAGUGCCCUCGGAGCUGCAGAGGACUUCUGCAGAAAGCUGUGAAGAAACCUUUGUGACCUUGGAUCAUGGGACUGAGCCUGGGCAUUGUGGGCAGGUGGACUCCACAGCACAAGGUUCUUUGGCUUCUGGGAUCUUGGAUAGGGAAGAGCAAAACAUGACCCUGGCGCUAAAGGUCUUCAGAGAUGAAGGGGACCAGGAGGAAGUUUUAAGAGAGUCCUGUGAGAGAGCAAAGGAAGACCCCUGCCAACAUUCCACAGCUGCUGAAGAGAAGAUCAGCCCAGGUCAGGAAGGCAUCCUGAUGCUGUCAAACAAAGAACAUUUAUGCAUGGACCUCCCUGAAGAUUGUCUAAGGAGUAAAGAAGGAAAUGUACAGGUUACAACAGGAACUCUGUUGAAGUCUACUGGAGAAGUACAAGAUAUGAGAGACAGUGGUACUAAGACAAAUACUCAGACAAAUGGACAUCAGAAUGGCAACACAAGUAAAGUUCUUUCAGCUGGGUUCGUUGACUACCCAGAAGUAGACAAAAUUAUGACCAGCGGUGAGGUUUCAGAAAUCAGCACAUUAAAUCCCCUAGAGCCUUUAACCGUUGUGGAUCUUGGAUUAACAGAAACAGCUCUUAAAAAAAAGGAAUGUGGAGAGUUAAAAACUUGUUCUUCUUGGUUAUCAUUAUUACCAGGAAAUAGUGCCAUUUCCAGAGAGGACAAUGGGAAGGAAGAGUUGUGUAAAUCAAAUUCUAUCUGUGAAGCAGAUGACAAUCACCAACAGAUUCUUGGCCACCAUGAUGAGGAACACAGUUCUACACAUGACCAUCCCAAAAGCGUGAGGAACGUGGCAAUCACAGAACCCUCAGAAGGAAAUUCUCAAGUUGCAUCUUUCACAUCAAGUUUGUCUGAUCCAAAAUCUAAAACAGUAUUUUUAGGAAAAAGUAAUUUUGAAACCGAUAGUUUGCUAAAGAGACUUGUAGAAAAGACAGAUCAAAGUAAGAAUUUAGUUUCUCAAGAAGAAAAUAACAAAGAUCUUUUGAACCCCAGGAGAGAAACCUCAGAGGAACCUUUUCUUGUCAGUGUAGGGCAACCAGAAGAGGAUAUUAAUGAUCAUUGCUGUGGUGAAAAAGAGACUGUGGACUUCCCAAAAGAAAAUACCCAGAAUAACUGUUGUAAUCAAGGCAAUGUCCCCACAGACAGCCCUAGUUCUUCACUGUACGGUUCUUUUACUGAAACCACAGAAAUAAUGCUUAAAAAAAAAGAUGUGGAAAUCUCAUUAAAUAGUCAAGGUAGCUUAAUGAACCAUGAGGACCAUAGAGUAACUUUUGCUACUAUGAGCCAACCAAGCCAAAAUUCUGAAGAGAAUAAUUUUUCCUCUUUAAUGCUGAUUGAAGAGCCAGAACAGACAACUACUAUGGAGCCUAAAAUGUUAAGCAAAAAGAAUUGCAGCAAAGACUCUGACACAUUAGUUAAAAUCUCGAGAAAUCUUGAGGGCAAUGCCCAGUUAAAUGAAGCACCAUAUGAUGAAUUUCAGAUUGAAAGAAGGUCCCCUGUGAGUAUAGUGCUUAAGGAUCUGAUAAGACCGAUGAUUGAGUUAACAAAACCUGAGAGUGAUAUUGCUCAGUUGUCACCUUCCCUAAAAUUUGAUUUCAAACCUGCUGAGUCAGAAAAAAAUGACCAGACCUUACAGGACAGUAUUUCACAGAGCCUGAGCAUUUCCUGUGAGACAAAGGAACUUCCUACUACCAAGGAACUAAUUGUUAACAGAAUAGAAAAUGAAUGUGUUUUAAAUCAAGUGUCCCUUAAUUCUCUAGACCAUGAAAAGCUGCCAACUGAUGGUAAAAUGCCUUUAGCAGGAAGCAAGAAUUCCCAAGAGAGCUUCCACCCUUCUUUAAAGGAGGGAAUGGACACCAUUGCUUAUACCCAAACCAUUCCCAGGAGGGCAGAAGUGAAAGAGAACUUUCUAGCUGGUGACAAAACAUCUGGUGCCUCUUCAAACAGUCUCACAUUUGCUAUCAAACAAGGAAGCCAAGAAAGGAUAAAGAACAUGGCUAGUUCAGGAUCAGAAGAGCAGCAUUCCAGACCUCUGUCAAGUAGAAAAGAAGCAGCUGGCUUUCCUCGAGACACUGCCCUGGAAUGUCAGAGUGUUCAAUCUCAGGAUCUCUUGAGCUGUCCUUGUGUGACACAGAAUGCACUGGAAGAGACCAUGUCUUCUGUAAGUGCUGCCUUUGAGCCCAGCAAAAUCACUUCCAGAAUUAAAAGUUCUUUGACAACCGAAUAUACAAAUGCAUUGCAGCACACUGGAAAAGAAGGCUUCAUGAAACAUAGCAUCCACAGAGCAAGUGAUAUAUCAGAGGAAAGUAAUAUUGAUGGUAAAGAAACUAAUACCAGCUCUUCAGGAGAUAAGACCAGAAACAAGCUCACAGCGGGCAUAUUAAAUAGUGAAACUUCAAAUAUUCACACCACCAGUCAUAUCCAACUUGGUGAAGAAGGGCUAGAAAGAGAGGAACGGGAUAUAUCCAAAGAGACUGUGUUUUAUAAGCAUGACAUGCCUGACUGUGCCACACAAGAACUAAACCAAUCCGUAAGCAUUCCAAGUCCUGAAAAAUUGUUGGACCAGUUUCCUGCUGUUAUGCUCUCUAGUUUUAAAAACAUCAACCAUGCAGAUACAACGCUUGGUCAAGAGAGUCAAGGUGAAAUCCUUGACUAUCAGAAUAUCCAAAAGAAUAUAUACAGAAGUGAAGAUAAAUCAGCUAAAGAGGCAAACCAGAAAGAGACCAUCAUGGAGCCUUGCAGAAGGGAAAACCACAACCGAAAGAAUCUGCUAGUCUGUUCAGGCAGUAACACCUCAUUGUAUUGUGGGAGUACAAAGAGAGGCACCUUGGAAAGUUUUUCUGACUGUGAGGAGGCCAAAGACAGUGCAGUAGAUAUUGUCUACACAGAUUCUAAUAAUAUGCUUCUCAAAAAUGUCCUGGACAUCAGAGAAUCUAGGACUCUUGAUGGUGUUAAAAAGCAAGAUAAACUAGCAUUAUGUGUCCUGUUUCAGAAGGAAAGACCCAGUGAUGCAUUUAUGGGAAUUAGUAAUCAAGAUUUAGAUUUUGCAGGCCCUGCUUUCUCUACAGUGGAAUCUUCUGAAAUUAAAAAAUCAUGUGAAGAAAAAGUGUGCAGGUUGUUACAAGAUUGUAAAAAAAAGGGUCCAGAAUCUUAUACCACUGACAUACAGUCUGUUGCAGAUCAUGAACUAAAUGUAAGAAUACUGGAUAAAAUUAAUGAGCCUCUAAGUCCUACUCAUCAUGGACAGCAAGUUAAAGACUUGUCUCAGAGAGAAACACAAGGAAUGAUGGAAGGAUCAAGUCAAGAAGUAAAUUCUGAGUUUGACAAGAAAAACACCAUUGCUACUUCUUCAAGAACCUUGACAUCUUCUAGAUGUCAAGAUGAGAACUCUGUAUUCCUCAGGCACCACCUGGAAUCCACAGGGAUGCCUCUGUCCUCUGAAGAAAACUUAAAAACUGUUUUUAAUAGUGAAGAAACCAGUGUGAACAAUUACAUUGAGCCAAAAGAUAGCAAAACACUUUGUAAGCAUGUUAAAGACUACACAGUCAUGCGUGAGAUGGAGGGAGGAACAUCAAGAUAUAUCUGUCAACUUGGUGAAGGGACCAAUACAGACAUCAAUGUGACAAUGUUGCCUUUCACAAUGAAAUCAGAAGCUACAGUGAAAGAAGACACUAAAGUACAUCCGAGGGGCUCCCUGGACCACCAAACUGCUGAGGAAACUGAGGUGAUUUCCCAAGGAGAUGAUCACGGUGGAAAUAUUACAAGUGAAAUUCCUCAGAUCCACAUUACAUCCCAGAAGAUGCUUGGUGAUGCCAAAGAACAUCAAAGCCAGCGGCUUUUCAACUACCUGGUGCAGCCGGGAGAGGAAUCUGUACAUCAAAAAGAAGCACCCACAAUCCAAAAGCAAUGCAGAUCAUCUAAUAUAUUGGUAGAGGCCCAGACUGAAUCCCUCCGUAAAGAUGGCCAUGAUGCGUUUACCAUGCUGAAAGAAAUUGCCCCAGCAAAGCGGGACCAGGGCGACAUUGCUGCACAGCCACAGAAGUUGAAAGAUCCCAAGGAAGAAAGUGAAUACCGAUCAUUUCAAGAGCUGUGCCCAGCUCCUUGUUUUCAUGUGGCCCCCCAGAAAGCACAAGACGCUAUCUCUGCUGGAUGUGAUGAAAUACACGGUGCCUUUGGGAACACUUCACAUAGGAAAGGAGUGCUUCCCUUAAAGAAACAGCCCCAUCGAACAUGUAAGAAGGUUUGCAGUCAGGAGAAAGUCAACAUGGUGAGAAAAAUAAGGAAGAUCAGAAGUGCUGCCCUCGUAAAGAGCUCAUCUGAAACUAUCGCCACAAAAGCACACCGAUUUCUGAGUUCACACUCUGUGUCUGCACCCACCCAUUUGGAACCUGACAAAGGACCUGCCAGGAGCAAAGUUAGCCAUAUACCAAAGCAGAAGGUAUCUCCUUGCCACUCCCUGAGGAGCCCGAAUGUUAAACCUACCAAAGACUCAGCCUUACUCAGCAAGCUGUCCAUCCUCGCCUCCAAACUGGCCCCAGUCACCAAGACACAGAAAUCCAGAUACCGAAGAUGUUCCUCUGAACUUCUUCCUAUGGCCAAAAGCUACAAGCGGUUCAGAUAUACGAGGCUCCUGGAUGGAUUUGCCUCCAGUACAAUGCAGCUGAAUUCAUUUUUGGCAGCUAGUGGAUGGGAUAAGAAGCCGAACAGUAAGCCCUGGACACUUGGUUCACUUGAAACCAUCAAAAUGAGCUUCAUCAAUCUGAGCAACAAAAUGCCAGCAGUGCUGUUUGGUUCUGAAAUAUUCCCUGUAUCCUUUACAGUGAAAUCAGGCUCUCCGUGCAUAAUGGAGUCCCCAAGGACUUUUCCUGAACACUGUGCUCCAGCAAGGCUUGCUGCCAUGCGGGAGGCCCCCUGGUGCCCAUCUCAACCUCCCAAGUGGGCAUUUUCUUUCUUUUUGUCUCACAGUUACCCUGGGAUGGCCACUUUCAGGGACGAUACUGACCCCCUCAGUCAGUCAUAUGCCCAUACUCCUCCCCAGCCUUCAGUUCCUCCCCCAGACCAUGGGGGCACUGCCAUUGUGCAAACCAGAGCAGGCUGCUCUGUCCUUGGCCUUCAUACGCUGCUAGCACUUUGUUCCCCUGGAUGUUACCGAAUCUGGACAAAAAAACGGAGCUUCUCCAGUCACAUGCCGACCAUGCAGAGACUCUUCAUGACCCAGUUUGCACAGGGCUUGAAAGGGUUAAAGUCGCCCACCUCCAUAGCAGACAAGAUCUUCUGUUCUCUGCCCUACUCUGUGGGCAGAGUACUUUCCAUUUGGAGCCAGCAUGGACCUUCUUCCUGCCCCUUUGAAAUCUCUUCUCUCCAUUCCACUCAGAGCAUGGAGCUGCCGACUCUGAGCACAACAAGCAGCCACACUAUGUUACCAUAUGUGCCUCUUCCAGGCAUGGAAGCUCUCAAUGCCUGCAGCAGUCAGAUGAGGCUAGAGACUCCAUUUCCUGCCUUGGUACCAAAGUCUUGCUUGGUAACAGACUCAGGUGUCAGCAAACUCCUGCUUUCAGCCUCUGAGUUCCAGGUUCCUGAAUUUGAUGAACUGGAUGGGGUGAAAGCACCAAGUCCCCGACCACAGAGUACCCCUCCAAAGCAAAAAGAGGAAGAGCCAGAGAAGAGGCCAAAGAAAGUCUCACAGAUUCGUAUCCGGAAAACCAUUCCUAAGCCAGACCCUAAUCUUACUCCAAUGGGCCUUCCUCGACCUAAAAGGCUGAAGAAAAAGGAGUUUAGUUUAGAAGAAAUAUAUACCAACAAAAAUUAUAAGUCACCUCCUGCAAACAGGUGUUUAGAGACCAUCUUUGAGGAGCCUAAGGAACGAAAUGGGACACUAAUUUCAGUCAGCCAGCAGAAGAGGAAGCGAGUUCUGGAAUUUCAAGAUUUUACAGUCCCGCGGAAGAGGCGGGUCCGUGGUAAGGUGAAGGUGGCGGGUAGCUUUACCAGGGCCCAAAAAGCGGCGCUGCAGAGCGCAGAACUGGACUCCCUGUUGAUACAGAAGCUCAUGGAACUAGAGGACUUUUUAGCCAAGGAAGAGGAACAGGAACAAGCGCCUGAUUGUUGAGAAGUCGUUUCAGUUGACCAGUUGACGGGGCUGGAGGAUCGUCUCAAUUUUCAUUUUUCCAGGCUCCUUAGUGGAUGUUACUCCAGUGUCCCCCACUCUCCUAACCAGUCCAAAUGAAGUCCAUGGAUUUUUACCUACUUCCAGGUGCAACCAUUCUGGGAACUGGUGAAGGAGGGACCUUUGCUUCUACUGCUGAGUAUGGAACCUCAGGAAUGCUCCCUCUUCAAGAAAUUGUCCCUGAUGUCAUCUGGCUGUUUCUCCUGCAUUCUGCCAUCCACAGGAGGACGCUGCCACAUACUUUGAGUUGACACUAGGAUUCCAAGAACCCCCUUCCUCCCCAGCAUUUGCACGUUUGUGUGAAAGUUGCUCAUUGUUUACGGUGGUGCUAGACCAAGAUGAUUUAGAGAUGUGGCCUAGGGAGGAGGCCUGGUGGGCUGUGGUGAUUUUUUUCUUUAAAUCCUUUUAAGUCUGUCUGUUCAGAACUGUGUGUGUGUGUGUGUGUGUGUGUG